UUGUGUGCUGCAAAAAAACUUUUUUUAUGGAAGUUUAGUAAACUUAUACUGAUUUUGCAGUUGUUUCCAAGCAAAAACCAUGUCGAAGAACAUGAAGCUGUAGUACAUCAGGGUACCUCUACAACUACAGUUCCUUUUGGAAAAUUUGUAUGUCAGUUCUGUAAUGAGGUAUGUUUUUGCUUUAACAAAAUGAGUUAUAAUCAGGAUCGCCUAACGAAACAUAUUGCAUCUCGCCAUCGCAACCCAAUUGAGGAAGCUCAGAAGGCCCACAAGUGUGGAGUUUGCGGGAAGGGAUUUGCGAGAACUGACAUGUUGAGCCGGCAUAUGCGACUUCAUAAGGGCGAUAAACCGUUUGCCUGUACAGUCUGCGGGCAGGAAUUUUCAAGAAGCGACCACCUUACAACACAUAUGCGAACUCAUUCUGGGGAAAAACCUUACCGAUGUCCUUUUUGUUGUUAUGCUGCAAGUCGAAGGGACAUGAUGAACAGGCAUCUUAAAACUCACAGUAAAUCUCCCGAACAUGUCAAAGCUCAGGAAACUCGCAUGAACAUUGAAGGCCGUUCGUGUUCCUUAUCUCCAAACCCUGGAACUACAGUCACAAAUUCAGCGGCUAAUGUGCUGCUGAAUUCGAUUUUUCCAAAUAGUCCAGUUGCUUCUCAGAAUCGGUUCCUCGUACCCCAACCUAUUCCUCAAUUUCCUACGUACUUCCCGUCAGAUUUAACCCCAAGUGCACUUUCACGUAAGCCACUUAACUGUCCACCAGUUGUACUACCUAACGAGAACUGUUUUUUGACUCCAUCAUCGAGCGAACCAGCUCUUUCGCAGCAACAAGUGAGUUUUCAACAGUUGGUGGGACCGCUGUCGCAUAUCGUUUUACCAGCUCAGAGGAGCAAGUUAGGUAUCGCUAAUCUGCCUACAUCGAGUCAACAGCUUCCAGCUUCAGUAACUAAUGCUUCCAGCGGGACUUUGAAAACUGAGUCGUUAUCUUCAGUCCAUCUGAAUGCUAUGACUCAAGCUUCUGCACCUAAUAUCAACUUAUUAACGACGCCAGUAAAAACAGAAAUCAGUUUUGAUUGUUCUUUAUGA